GCAGUUUCUCUCUGAAGAACGCGCAUCAUCAGCAGCAGCAGGAGGAAGAGGAGGAGGAGGAGGAGGAGGAAGAGGCGAGCAUCCUUCAUGAUUCUGCAUUAAAGCCGCACUCUAUAUCAACAAACCCCGGGCCUUCACGGAUCCAGCCGCAGCUCUGCGUGAACACCACACACUCAAUCAUGGAUAAUUCCGGGAAAGAGAAGGAAGCCAUGCAGCUGAUGGCAGAGGCGGACAAAAAAGUCAAAUCAUCAGGUUCAUUUCUCGGAGGGAUGUUCGGGGGAAAUCAUAAGGUUGAGGAUGCAUGUGAAAUGUAUGCCAGAGCUGCCAACAUGUUCAAGAUGGCCAAAAACUGGAGUGCUGCAGGCAGUGCUUUCUGCCAAGCUGCAAGACUUCACAUGCAGAUGCAGAACAAACUGGACUCGGCCACCAGCUUCGUCGAUGCUGGAAAUGCUUAUAAGAAGGCAGAUCCUCAAGAGGCUAUCAACUGUUUAAACGCAGCCAUCGAUAUUUAUACAGACAUGGGAAGGUUCACGAUCGCUGCAAAGCAUCACAUGACUAUUGCAGAGAUCUAUGAAUCCGAGCUAGUGGAUAUCGAAAAGGCCAUCGCCCAUUACGAGCAGGCCGCAGACUAUUACAAAGGCGAAGAGUCAAACAGCUCUGCUAAUAAGUGUCUGCUGAAGGUGGGCUCGUACAGCGCUCAGCUCGAGCAGUAUCCCAAAGCCAUCGAGAUCUAUGAGCAGGUUGCAACCAGCACGAUGGACAACCCUCUGCUGAAAUACAACGCCAAAGAGUACUUCUGGAAAGCAGCUCUCUGCCACUUCAUAGUGGAUGAGUUAAACGCAAAGCUUGCCAUUGAGAAGUAUGAAGGGAUGUUUCCGGCAUUCUCUGAUUCAAGAGAGUGUAAGCUGUUGAAAAAACUGUUGGAGGCUCAUGAGGAGCAGAACAGUGAGGCGUUCACUGAAGCCGUGAAGGAGUUUGAUUCGAUCUCUCGUCUCGACCAAUGGCAGACCACCAUGUUGCUGCGCAUCAAGAAAACCAUCCAGGGUGAUGCCGGCGACCUCAAGUGAUGUGUCCAAGAAAAAUACUGUG